GAAGGAGGCGGGAGGGGAAGAGUGAAGCUCGAGCCCUCGGCGCUGGAGCGAACAAAAGCGUCCCUUGUUCGCGGGCGGCUGCACAGCAGCGGCGCAGGUAAGUGGGGGGAAUCGGUUUCUGGAACCCGAAGCGAAAUGGGAUAUUGGAGUGAAUCGAGGUCUCGGUAGCGAAGCAAGCAGAAAAUAAAUAGUUUUGCAUGCUAUUAAUAAAGCGGCGCCCGCCUUGGGUGGUUUUCCGGCGAUGAGAAGGUGCACGUCGCGGUUGUUGGGAGUUAAAAAGAGCGGACAACAGGUUUCAUAAGCUCUAGUUAUAAAAAAAGCGGAAAUUGAAUAUGUUUCCUAUAACGUCCCUUCGUUUUAACACUGGCACUAGGCAUGAAGGGGGUCAUUUUAGGCUCCUGUUAACGGUGGCCAGUUUUAUCUCUAGGCUGCAAUGGCUUGAAUUCCAUUUUAUUUUCUUAACUUUGCAUCCUACCAAUGUAGUGGGGGGGGGGAUUGUAGAGUUGAAGCAAUAAUGCCGUCUGCUCUUUAAAGAAAAGAAAGACCUUGUGUGUUUGCCAAGCCAGAGUACAUAACAGGUUGGUAUACCGGUAACUAAACAGAGCCCCCCCUUUUUUCCUACCUUCUUUUGAACGGAGUUCAAAGUGUUCAGCAUCUGACUGGUUGACGACCUGUGCACCGAGAUAAGCCUGCAUAUCGUGCAGAUUGCUUAACGUCCUUGUGGAUGAAACAGACCUCUAACAUGUUCACUGUUGUAGUCCUGGGAGGGGAGGCAGGGCGGCAUUCUGCUUGAGGGGCAGCUUCUGAGGCAGGCGAAAAAUGCUAUUGUUAUACUUGCAUCUACAUAGCUUUCACCCCCAUGCGGUUUAAAAUUAUGAACAACUGUGGGGGUGAGGCUUAUUCUCAAGCAAGUUUUGGACCAUGACCCUGGUUCAAGAAUCCACCCUGUACUUAAAUUUCACCGAGCAUCGUUGGGCUCGUCGGGCUCCCAGGGUUGUUGUACAGAUAAAGGUGAAUUCGGUAAAUGUACUAAACUCUUUGGAAGAAGUGUGGGAAUGAAAUCCUCCCAUUAUGCAACAGUAAUUCCCUCAAGGUGUAUUGAAAGAAAACUAGCUAAAUGGAAACUUACUCUUCUCCCCUCCCAAUAAGUGAACAAGAUUUCCUUGAGAUAGAUAGAGUGUUUGGGGAUAUAUAUAUUAGUGGGACUUUUCUCUGGGAGUCCCUGGUCUGCAACAUACUGGAUUUGGGGCAUGUUUUGAAGUAGAAUGUCAGUAGCAUUGACUCUUACCUAUUCAUUUACAUCAGUACCAGUAAAAGUUCCCAAGGAGGAAGGUGUCUUUUGAACAGUGGCUCUUUCUUAAUCUCGGAUGCUCCUUGUGGAGGAGAAGGGGAGAGAAUGGGUAAUUUUAGGGCAGGGGUAGGCAACCUAAGACCCUGGGGCCGGAUGCGGCCCAAUCGCCUUCUCAGUCUGGCCCGCGGACGGUCUGGGAAUCAGCGUGUUUUUACAUGAGUGGAAUGUGUGCUUUUAUUUAAAAUGCAUCUCUGGGUUAUUUGUGGGGCAUGGGAAUUUGUUCUUUUUUUUUUCUUUUCAAAAUCUAGUCCUGUCCACCACAUGGUCUGAGGGACGGUGGACCGGCCCACGGCUGAAAAAGGUUUCUGACCCCUGUUUUAGGUACCAUUUUUGUCUUGAGAGUGACCUAGGAGCAUAACAGUAGGAAAGGUCACACUCGUGCUGCUCACUCUAAGGAGAAGGAAUUGUAAAAGCCAAUAAAAAGUACUUGAGUGUGUAAUAAAUGUGUGUCCUUGAGAAGAUAUCUGUGCUGGAAGCCCUGAGGCUCAGAUAAAACUCCAAGGUUGGCAUUCUCCACUGUAUGUUAAAGAUUGGACAAAAAGAAAAUGAGAUGUUCCUAACAAUUGUACAUUGGAGGUAGGCAAUCUUAUAAUUUGUUUUUCAAUGAUGGCAGAUCACUGGCCACUGUUCCUAUAUUAUUCUAUAUAAUAAUGCUACCUAGAGCUUAGCAAUAAAUUACUUUUUUACACUACUGGUGGUAUUGUGUACUGUAUUCAUGCUUGGACAAGAUUAGAUUUCUUUAAAAUAUUUUUUGCCAUGUGCAUUAAUACUUGCUCCAUUAAGUAACAAUACGGUUAAGUAACAAUGCUCCAGUUAAGUAACAAUACAUUGGUUUAUGCAGUAGGGUGUUUCCUUUUCUUUACACUCAGGGCUGGUCAGAGCUCACCUUUUGAACUGUUCAAACCACACAAGUAAAACAUAAUCUACAUCUGUUAAAACAACCUACUUUUGAUAUAGCUGUACUAAGUUGCCAGUUUCUUUCUUCUAUGGUACCUGAGCUUUUAGGAAUUAAGCAGUAGUCAAGCAUUCAGCAGACACUCAGAUCUAGAGAAGAAAAUAUUGUGCCUGUGGAUUUUCUGCCUAUCAUAGACUCAAGAUUUUCUUGGUUUAAUUCUGGUGCAAGUGAAUUAGAUCAGAUAGCAAUAUAAAAAUCUAGUUUAGUUUUGUCCACACACGGUGUGUGUGCAGGGGCCCAGAUGCUUGUUGAUACAGCAGAUGGAAUUGGUUGUUGGACAGAAGUAGAGAUGGGUCAUCAGUUUUCUUUUUUACUAUCUAUAUGAGGAUAAAGAUGAUUUGGGAGAGGAGCAACAGGUAAUCUGCUUUAUCCAGGGAGAUUGCUUGUGUGUUGGAUUGUACACUACAAAUCAGGAGCAUUGGUAGCUGCCACUUAGAAAGGUUUUGCCUCCUGAGGCAAGCAUUGGCUUAAGAGAGAGUACAGAAAGAUGUUGAAAUGGAAGUAGUUAGGUACUUCUUGUUGGGAUUAGGAAAGCAGGAGGCUAUUGAUUGCUGCAGUAUUGGUGACUCUGGCAACUUGUAGUUGUAUCCAUCUAUCUACAGGUCACUUGGGCUAAGGACUAAGUAGUUCUCAAUUUGAAGAUUAUAAGCCCUAAGCUUAUCUUGGCACUUUUGUGCCCAGCCCUCUAUCCUUAGCUGCUCUAACCAGCAGAGUUUAGUAAGGGAUGAUCCUCGAAGGCAUUUAGCCUAUGCCAGCAUCUCAGAUAGGCUAGAUCAAUUCUGGCUGCUAGUGAGGGAAGGCCCAACUCAUUUCUGUGGUGGGUCUCCCGAUGUUCUGCCAGGAAGUCCCAAAAAUCAGCCUCAUAAAUUUAUUUUGUAGGACCUCUAUUUCAGAUCUAACACCAAUUCCCAAAAUCUCAGCCCGGUAGAGCAUUUGGGCAAUGAUUUUAGAGACAGUGAUCUUAAUAGCUAGGUUUAUUAACUGGCCACCCUUUGAAUGGAAGAACCUAUAUAGCUGCCCAGUAGUGACCAAAUAUUAGCUUAAUUGCUUCCAGAUUGUGUUUCCAUUAUGACUUUCCAUCAAUAAGUAAUCCUAGAUAUUUAAAUCUGGGUACUUGCUCAAGGGUGCAACAAUCUAGAGUCCACCUGGACUUGGUAGUCCUCUUCCCAAAUACAGUGACCUUGGUUUUAUCAUAGUUGAUUUUUAGAUGUUCGUUUUUACACAGCUGUCCAAUUUAACCAGCACCCUCCUAAGUCCAAUUUUAUUCCAAGAUAACAAAACUAAAUCAUUGGUGUAGAGCAGAAUUGACAAUUUACGAUUCUCAAGGGUGGGGGCAGAAAAGGAGGAGGAUUCCAUUAUCAGGGAUUAAAUUAUUUAUAUAGUAAUUAAAUAGGAAGGGUGCCAGUAUACAUCCUUGCUUGACACCUCUGUUAAUUGUGAUUCUUCUUCUUUGGCGAUCACUUGUAGUUGAGUAAGAUUGUCUUCCAUAAACACAGUUUUAACAAUGAGUCCUUAGGUGACUGUGGAGGCCAAUUCUGGAUCCACAUGUCCUUCCACAGUGGGGACAUAGGUUUCUGGGCAGGAGUUGAUCAUGGUAAGGGUUUGCCAAGUGUGCCUCCUCUUAGCGCGUUUCUCCCUUUCGUUCUGAGUUUGAGCAUCUUCAAAGCCCAUGACACCUUUGGUAAAGGCUGUUCUUCAAUUGGAGCGCUCACAGGCCAGUGUUUCCCAAUUGUCGGUGUUUAUACUACAUUUUUUUAUAUUUGCCUUGAGAGAGUCUUUAAGCCUCUUUUGUUGACCACCAGCAUUAUGCUUUCCAUUCUUAAGUUCGGAAUAGAGUAGUUGCUUUGGAAGACCAUAAUCAGGCAUCUGCACAACAUGACCAGUCCAAUGAAGCUGAUGUUGAAGAAUCAUUGCUUCGACACUGGUGAUCUUUCCAGGACACUGGCAUUAGUUUGCCUGUAUUCCCAAGUGAUAUGUAAAAAAUUUCAAAGACACCGUUGAUGGAAUCUUUCAAGGAGUUGGAGAUGGCGUUUAUAAAUGGUCCACAUUUCACAAGCAUACAGUAAGGUUGGUAGUACAAUAGCUUUGUAAAAAAGCAUUUUGGUUUCCCUGCGAAUGUCCUGGUACUCAAACACUCUGCACAUCGGGAGAAAGCUGCACUCACAGAGCUCAGGCAAUGCUGGAUUUUGGCAUCAGUGUUGACCCUUAUGGAAAGAUUACUGCCCAGGCAGGAAAAGUGAUCAACAUUUUCCAACGUUACACCAUUGAGUUGGAUUUGUGGUGCUGCAGAGGGGUUGUUUUGUGCUUUUUGGAGCAGUACUUUGGUUUUUUGGAUGUUGAGUGAUAGGCCAAACUUUUCGUAAGCUUCUGCGAACAUAUUUAGGAUGGUUGGGAGGUCAUCUUCUGAGUGUGCACACACUACGUUGUCAUCAGCAUACUAAAGCUCUAGGAUGAAAGGUACAGUAACCUUACUCUUUGCUUUCAGCCUGCUCAGAUAAAAGAGCUUUCCAUCUGUUUAAUAUAUGUUUUCUACUCCCGAGGGGAGUUUCCCUUUGACAAAGUGUAGGAUCAUGGCAAUGAAAAUAAUGAAUAGAGUUGGUGCAAUAAUGCAACCCUGUUUAACACCUGAUCUCAAUGUGAAUGGUUCAUUUUGAGAGCCAUUGUUAUCUGCAAUUGUGGCCAUCAUAUUAUCAUGGAGGAACCGAAGCAUGUUCACAAAUUUAUCUGCGCAGCUGAUUUUCAAAAGGUUAUUCCACAGGGCAUUACGAUUUACAGUUUCGAAGGUCUUAGUCAGGUGAAUAAAAGCCAUAUAAAAAGGCUGGUUUUGCUCUCUGCAUUUUUCUUGAAGCUAUUGAGAGGUGAAAAUCAUGUCCACUGUCCCCCUAGAGGGUCAAAAACCAUUUUGGGAUUUAGGAAGGGUCACCUCAGAUAUUGUUAAGAGACGGUUUGCCAAGAUCCUUACAAAAAUUUUGUCAGCCGUAGCUAAUAAAGAGAUGCCUUGACAGUUUGCGCAAUCUGUUCUGUCACCUUUUUUUAAGAGAUUGAUUAUUUUGGCGUCCCUUAAGUCUGCUGGGAUCUCCUCUCCCAGAUUUUUUUCAUGAGCUUGUGAAGUUGUGCAAGUUCAUUUCCACCCACUUUGAAGACUUCAGGCAGGUAUCCCAUCAGGUGCGGUGGCUUUGUUGUUUUUCAUUUGAUUAACAGCUGUACACAACUUACCCAGAUUUGGAGAUACUGCAAGCUCAUCUCUAAUUUGUUUUUGCGGAAUUUGUGAGAGGACCUCAGCAGCUACGGGGGAGUUGCAGUUAAGGAGAUGCUGGUAAUGUUCUUUCCAGCACAGUGCAUUAGCUUCUUUAUCUUUACAGUGGUACCUCGGGUUAAGAACUUAAUUCGUUCUGGAGGUCCGUUCUUAACCUGAAACUGUUCUUAACCUGAAGCACCACUUUAGCUAAGAGGGCCUCCCGCUGCCACCGCGCCACUGCUGCCCGAUUUCUGUUCUCAUCCUGAAGCAAAGUUCUUAACCCGAGGUACUAUUUCUGGGUUAGUGGAGUCUGUAACCUGAAAUGUCUGUAACCUGAAGCAUGUGUAACCCGAGGUACCGCUGUAUUUAUAUAGUAAUUAAAUAGGAAGGGUGCCAGUAUACAUCCUUGCUUACACCCUCUAUUACAGAAGUACCUUGUUUUGCAACCAGGAUUCGCUCCGAAGCCCUGGUCGCUGGCAGAAAAGGACGCUGGACAAAGCGCCGUGUCUGCGCACGCGUGCCAAACCCGGAAGUAACCCAUUCCGGUACUUCUGGGUUUGCCACAGACAUUUGAUGGAAUGGGCACUCGACGAGGCGGACGCUAGACGAUUUGGAAUUAGCAGGGAGUUCAAUCCUGCUGCUUUGCCUUGUGCCCCCGGUGGGAAGAUUGCAGGAAUAUGCAGCCAAUGCAGGAUUUCACUCCUGCCCACCAAUCAGCAUCAGGAGUGAUGUCAGUGACUGAACAUGGUUUGAAGGAAAUUGCCUCACACCCAGAUUGAGCCCCCUCUGAUCUAGAGCAUGGACAAGUACCUGUAUCUGAAGUGAUACAGAAUUCAACCAGAAUUCUAAUACUUUAUUCUGUAAAAUGUGUAGAAUGACUCCAGAGCAAGACUAGAGGAAGCUGACAUUGAAAAUGUGUGCAAAUAUUGUUGAAGCAGACCUCAAACUAGUAGCAGUCAGCUGUGAGCCAGAAAGUCCCUGUAUUUGCUAUAGCAAUGAAUUAUUUGGGGUAGUUUCGUGCAAGUCACUCUCUUGACUUCAAACACUGCUAAACACUAUGUAGAGGCUAAAUAUUUAUUAGUCAUAAGGUUUUAAUAUUUCACAACUACUUUGCUGACUAAUAAUUAGUUUGGCAGUUUACAAAACAUAACUAUCUGGACAGGGUUGUUUCUACUCUGUAAAUAAUGUACCAAGCGGAAACAUGCAUUUCCAUGUUUGAUCUUAUAUCAUUUGUUUUGUAACCUAAAAAAAUGGACAAAGAAAGAGGAAGUGAAGAGCACGCACUGUUGCUUAUAUUUUUAGACUUGUUUAAAUGGGUCACACUAGAUAGCUCAGUUGGUUAGGGUGUGGUGCUCCUGAACAUCAAGGUUGCAGGUUCAGUUCCAGCUGCAUAUUCUGCAGUGCAGGUGGUUGGACUAGUUGAUCCUCAGGGUCCCUUCUAACUCUAUGAUUCUAUGAAAUGGAGAACUUUGAUGGAGUUUUGUUUUUACAGUCAAGCAGUGUAUAAAUUUUAUUAAAUACAUGCAUAAGGCACCGUUGCCCUUGCAUUUCAGAACAGCUACUGCAGACAGAAAGAAACAAAGUACAAUGCAACCUCAGUUUUCAAACAUCUCGGCUGCCGAACGUUUUGGAAGCUGAACGCCGAAAACCUGGAAGUGAAUGCUUCCAUUUUUGAACACACCUCGGAAGUCGAAUGGCUUCCGAGGCGCAUUUCACAAUUUUCUCCAUUCACUUUGCAGACAGUCCUUUGAUCUUCAGUUUUCGAAUAUUUCGGAAGUUGGAACAGACUUCCGGAACAGAUUACGUUCGAAAACUGAGGUCCCACUGUACAGUGGUACCUCAGGUUACAGAUGCUUCAGGUUACAGACUCCACUAACCCAGAAAUAGUACCUCAGGUUAAGAACUUUGCUUCAGGAUAAGAACAGAAAUCGUGCAGUGGCGGCAGCGGGAGGCCCCAUUAGCUAAAGUGGUACUUCAGGUUAAGAACAGUUUCAGAUUAAGAAUGGACCUCCAGAACGAAUUAAGUUCUUAACCCGAGGUACCAGUGUACUGUACUGGAAACCACAGGAGGAGAGAGGGUUCUUGUGCCCAAACCUGCUUGCUGGUUUCCUAUAGGCCACUGUUCAGCCACUGUAAGAACCAGAUGCUAGACUAGAUGGGAUGUUGGCCUUCUCAAACAAAAAUGGAGGGGAAAUAAUGUUAGUUCAUUAUCACACUGAAGUGUCCCAUCCCUUUCAAUAAUUAGAUUUUUUGAGAUAAUUCAUAUAUUUAUUUAAGAAUAUUAGAUUGGUUUUGUAUUAAGAUACAGUAGGAAUCUUGAAAGGUUUCUAUAACAGGAUGUGUUACAUUGUAUGGUAUUCUUUGCUGAUAUUUGCAUUAUCAUUUGGAGUUCAUAUAGCACAUGUAAUGUUUAUAUUAAUUAGAUAAUAUAUUUAUUUAAUAAAUAAAAACAACCAGACACUUUUUGAAGGUGUUAUGGAAGAGGGCCAUUUUUUAAUUUUUGACUCACGUCCUUCCCUUGGGCUGGAACUUACAUAACCCUGUAUAUAAUAUAACCUUAUAUAUUGAUCUUAUAUAUCCCAGUUAUAAUGAAGAUUCCCUGAUUCUGGGGCAGCCCAGUCAGAUGGGGAGCAUGUAAAUAAUAAAUUAUUAUUCUAUUAUCUCUCGCAACUGAAAGUUUUAUAGUAGGCAUGGGAACCUUUUUUAGCCUGAGGCUUGUGUCAGAUGAAUCCAGAGAUGAAACAGGGCAAGAGCAACAGAUGUGUCUCCUACUUUUUACAGUGACUCAUUCCAGCCGUACAAAAACUGGCGCGUUUACACAUUCACAAACAGGUAUUUCUUCAUCCAGGCAAGCAAGAGGGAUUAUCGUUGUUGAAGAGCACAUUCUAGUCAGGCAAAAUCCCUCUGUGUUCAUGAGUAAGGUCUGGGAAGUGCUAGAUGGACUUGGAGGUUUCCUACCUGUUAGACAGCUUUCAGAGCCAGGUUUUGACAGACCUUCGUGGGAAGAGCAUACUGAAUGCCUUUCUGUUCAAAACAUACAACAUAGAUGAUAUUAAGAACACACUCAGUUUAUGAUGGUGCUGGAUGUUUCAGAAUAAAGGGUGUGGUUUUAGAGGUGUGUUGAUUCUUAAUUAUAAAGAGUUUUGUAGAUUAAAACCCAACACCUUAAUCUUCCCUGUAAACAAUUGGGAGCCAGUGCAGAUUUUGGAGCCCUGGUUUAACACACUGUGUGCCAUCCCAGCAAGGUAAUGUUGUGCCUGUGCUAACUGAAGCUUUGGAACCUGGGAAGACUAGCACCACAUCACCUAUCCUAUAUUAUUUUAAAAAUGACCGGGCUGGGUUCAUUUUGCUCGGAGACCACCUGAUCUCAAAACAGUAGUUUAGAGUGAAGCUGAUCACCUCAAUGACGUCGCAAGUAAUAUAUGCACAGGAGUCCAAUCAAUGAGAUCCAAAAUAAUUGUGAAAAGGUGGCCUUUGGGAGAGAAGUUCAUUGUUCGCCAAUAAAGGGGGUAAUAAAGUUACCCUCUUGAAGUUAGCAGUCCUAGAUAAUUUAAGAUACUAAAGUCUAAACUCUUCAUACAUGAGGAAAAAAACACGAGAGAAGGUUUAAUUCAGUAUUUAAAAAUUCACCUGAAAACAGUUUGUUAUAAGAUGGAGGUUUUAAGGUCUUUUUUUUUUCUUUUCAUUUUUAUGCACCUUUCAGGAAGCUUUUUUUGUACCACUCGUUAUUAACUGCAUUCAGUUUUGGCAUUAAGACCUCUUUUUGUAAGGAUGUUUUUGGUCAGUUGGGUCAACUUUUAAUUCAUAAGCUGUUGUCUUGCUUUGGCUUAAGAAAUACAUAAAGAAAAGAAGAAGUAAAGACAAAAAAUGUCUACAAACCUGUGUGCACCAUUAUUUUAUUUGAAAUUUUCCUUCUUUAACUACUAUCAGCUGUAGCCAACAAGCCACAGAUAGAGGAAGACUUGAUUUGAAGAUGGAAGCCUGUUAUGUGUGCAUAAUCCAUUUUGGGUUGUAGCAAUUGGCCUAGUGGGAAACUGUAGGGUACUUUUAUUUCCUUGGAGCUUGCUUAGGUAAAUUUAUUGUUAUUAUUUGCAUUCAUAUCCCAUCUUUUCCUCCAAGAUAGUCAAAGUGGUGUACAUGGUCCCCCCCCCCUUUAUUCACCACAAUCCUGUGAGGCUGAGAGGCGGUGACUUGCUCAAGAUCACCCAGUGAGUGUCUUGGCUGAGUGGAGAUUCGAACCCUGGUCUCCCAGGUCAUAGUCUGACACUCCAAUCACUGUACCACACUGGUGGAAACCUAGUUUUUUCACUUUUAUAUGUGGAAGUCUUUUUUAAGAGCAAAGACUGCAGAAUUGUUCAUGGUGAGCUCCAGCAUCUCUUUUUCUAGAAAAAUAGCACUGCUUGGGACUAUAUUGUGUUGGGCAGGUUAAGGUUUGUUUAGCAAUGACAGCCUCAAUAAACCAUUAAAUGUCAGACUUGGAAAUAUGUAGUAUACAAUGGUACAGUGUAGUACAAGCUUGGGCUUGUUUAUCUGUACUUUAGAGCUUUGUUUUCUGCAUUUGUAUGCGAGGACCUUUUUGUUAAAAGGUCACUGAUUUUGUUAAAGGCAAAGGGAGCCUUGCAUUUUGUAGCUGUCAAAACUGUGUGAUGCAGCAGUGAGCCAGAACAAUGCAAACAUAGUGGCCUAAUCCUGAGUAUUGUAAAAGCUGUUUGGAAUGACAGCAGUGGAUGUAGUCGUCGUCUUCUUCUUUGGCAAUCACUCGUAGCCGAGUAAGAUUGUCUUCCAUAAACACGGUUUUAACAAUUAAUCUGUAAGUGACUGUGGAGACCAAUUCUGGAUCCACACAUCCUUCCCCAGUGGGGACAUUGGUUUCCGGACGGGAGUCGAUCACAGUGUGGAUUUGCCAAGCGUGCCUUCCUCUUAGCACGUUUCUCCCUUGCAUCCUGAGUUUGAGUGUCUUUAAAGCCCAUGACAUCUUUGGUAAAGGCUGUUCUCCAACUGGAGUGGAUAUAGUAGGCCUCUGCAAAACAGCUGUGGGCUAGGCCCAGGGCUUCCAAAAUGAUUAGUGGCAGAAGUACUGCAGGGACUCUCCAGGCUGCUGCUUGGGUCUGAUCCUAUCCAUUUUGGUUCCACGUUUAUGAUCUCUAGCACACAUACAAAUGCAGGAAGCUGUGUCUCGUCUGAGAGAUCCCCUGCAGCUUGCUGCUGUGUUCUUCUGGUCUCUUUGGCCAAAUUUUGCCAGUUCCUCUCCCCCACCCUCCACAGCUCUCCACAUCCCCUCCUGCACAAUGUUUGAGAUUUUCAGGGAGUUCUGAGGGCUUCAGUAUGUGGGGAAGGCCUGUCGUGCAAGCAGAACUCUACUCAGCCUUCUCUGAAUCCUAAACAUGGCAGUGUGUGUAGGAUAGUCUCAUAGACGUGUCUCUUAAGAAAUUCCAUAUGGGCAUGAGGAGAGCCUAGCCCAGGGGUGCAGAACUUGUUAGGCUCCAUGGACCAGAUCCUGAUCAGGGGGCCCCCACCUGUCAAAACCCCUUUCACUCUGGAGUGAGAUCCGGCUGAAGGGGGAGAGAAGUCUUUAGCCCGAACUUGCUGUGAUUUUAAAGAAGGAGCAGGAGAUUUGCAAAGGACUUUGCUAGCCUUUGGGAGACCCACCCCACCCCAGCUUUAAGAUUGCCAGCACCUAAUGUUGUGGGAAGUGCCAGGAAAAGGCCUGCAAAAAAAUCCAAUGCUUGGGAACUCUGGUGGCUUAUUUAUGUUGUAUUGAUAUAACAUGAAAUUCAUGCUUUGUAGACAAAUGCUAACUAUUAUUUCCCCCUGCAAAUAAGAUAGCAAACUCUGAUUUGCCAUAGUCAAGCAGAAGAAGUUAGUGCAAGUCACAGAAUUUCGGGCAGGGGUGUGUUAUUGUUUUGCACUCAACAGUUUAUGAAUGUCCUAUCGUCUCUCCCUGUAGGUUCCAAUGGCUGCCUGUCGGCAAACACAGUUUUCUGAAGGAGGAAAAAGUAAAUCCGUAAUGAAUGGAGCUGGAACCUCUCAAGGACAAUGGGGGAGGGCCUGGUAAGAGAAUCCUGCCCUAACAUAGUUUUAGGUGCUAUAUAAAAAUUGCUUCCAGUACUGCAACAUGAAGAAGUGUCAGAUCAUAAGGCUGGAAGGCUGUGUUUUAGAGGUGAUGUAGGUCCAACCCAUUCUCCAGAGCAAAUUACGGCUCCACUUCAGAUUAAUGUCUUCAUUUCCUUUUAGAUGCAUUGUUUUAUGUGUAUCAAAAGUUAUCUGUGUACCAAAGAAAGCAAGAAAUUGACUCAAAAGCCUCUUUUGGAAACCUGUUGGGAGACAUCCUCUCUAACUGGUAUAGUUUGAGAUAGUCUGGAAGCUGAGAAUACAAUUAAAAUUUUCAGAAGUUGCCACACUUGAGGCAGUGUUGGAUUUUUAUGUAUCAAUGCAAUCCUCAUGAUUAAGGCAUUCAACAGAUUAUUGAUCUUCCUGUACUGGAAGUUUUUAGAACAUGGAUGGGCAACCUUUUUGUAUGUGGGGGGCACAUUCCCUCAGGGAUAAUUGCUCGGGGGGGUAAUUAAUAUGCCAGUAGUGACCAGGGCCAGAAUGGGAGGGCAGAGCAGGGACACCCCCAUCUCUCUCUUUCUCCUCAUGCAGAAGGGUUGUGGGGAGAGAAGCAGAUUCCUCUUUCCAGAGGCCUGAACUCAUUGCUUGCAGACCUUACACUGAGGGCUGCAUGUGGCCUUAGGUUACCUAGGCCCGUGUUAGAGGGGUUAUCUAUUAUAUGAGUUGGAUCCCGAGCAGGAAGGUCAGGGAGGUGUCUUGUGCUAAGUUAGGUUCAUUGAUUACAUGGGUUAAUUGUUGGGAUAUAGCCAAGGAAUUGGGGGCAAUUGGCAGGCCCCCAGCUGGCCCCAGCCCACCAGCCAGUGUGCCGGGCGAUCUCCAGUCCUUGGAUCAGCAUGAAACUGCGACCCUAGCUUCAAAAGCCUUCAGAAGCUGGGCACACACACUCAGCAGAGUAAAACGCUGCACAACAGAAGUGGCAUGGAGAGGCUGUGUUGAGCAUAUUUACAAGCAGUUUUUCCAGCAUACAUCAGGACGAAAGGAAAACAUGUCUUCUCCCCUUCAUGUCCAAAGCAAGACAGCAAAACAAAAGCUAUACACAAACGGAAGUUCCCAGCAAGCUGUGCUGGACUGUAAACAGACAUGUGACACACAACAGUCUCAUGCCUGUCCCUUAAGGUGGAACGGAAUAUUCUAACAGUAAUAUGCAGAUGUUUAUGAACAAGAAACAGAAAGGUACCCCUAGUAGGGUUAUUUGGAGUCGCAGAUCUGGGAUCAAUGCCAAAAUAAAUAUGGUGGGAGCAGGCCCAUUUCUAGAAGUAAAGAGAAAAUAGAUGCGGGAUGCUGAACCUUCCCCCAAAUAUGUCAACUUACCUCCUUGAAAUUUGUCCCUUGCUAUGGCUUUUCAGAGGAUGCAAAUGCUGGAAGUGAGCCUAGGUGAAAUAAGUUGAUAUGGGUGUGUGUAGGUUGGCUGGUUUUGCAAAUUCUACUGUCAUCCUUGAGACCCCGAGCACUGCACAAUAAACAAAUUAUUUAUCUCUGUGUCUAAAUCAGGCCAUAAUCAAAGCAGCAGCAUCUUGCAACUAUUCGGUUUCUUGUUUCUCUUACGUUUCAGGAAAGUCGACUGGUUUUCCUUGGCGUGUGUCAUCUUUCUACUCCUAUUUGCACCCUUCAUUGUAUAUUAUUUCAUAAUGUCAUGUGAUCAGUACAGUUGUUCUCUAACUAAGCCAGCCAUUGACUUGGUGACGGGGAAAGCCAGUCUCUUGGAUAUCUGGCACAAGACACCACCAUUGACUUGGAAAGCUGCGACCCUCUAUGCUUCUUGGGUAAUCUUCCAGGUAUGUGCCUUGAGGCUUCUCUGUUAGAAUCCAAUAGGGCAUAAGUAAGGCAGUCUCAGGUAUGUGAUCAAAACUGAGUUUUUCUGAUUACAAAACAGUAUUUUAUUGGUAGAAUCAAAGCUCACACAUGAAACUAGGGAAUAUAGACUGUCCAUUAUUAUCCUGUGAAUGAUAUUGGCAACAACCCAAGACUCUGGGAUUCAGCAUUCUGUCACCACCCGAUUUGCAUCAGCUGUUAAGACCCCUGGCUUUCUGGACCUGUGUGUGAUAAUUUUACUGCUGACCCGUUUUCAUUUGUAUUGCUGUUUCCAGUACUGUCCUCCCACUCAUGUUCUACAUACAUACACACACCAAAUACAAUUACUGAGUCAUUAGAAAGACUGUAGGUACAUAAGAAUUUACACAGGGAGAAGAAAUGUCGAUAACGUAGAAUAAUGCCUGAAACUGCAGGGAGUAGAAAUUAUCAAGGUGGGAUUUAGAAGAAAAAACACAACUGUCAGAAAUAAGAGCAUUGAGAACAUGAGCCAAAAUUACCCAUCCUUCAUAACUACCUGACAGUUCAGAAAUCAUUUAACAUUUUUAUAAUGAAGAUUCCUGCAUUGUAGGGGGGUUGACUAGAUGACCCUCAGGGUCCCUUCUGACUCUAUAAUUCUUUGAUUCUAAGAUGCUUCUCACAAAUUAAUUUUUGUUACAGGUAUUUUUGUACAUGCUUCCUGACUUUUGUCACAAAUUUCUUCCUUAUUUUCGAGGAGGAGUGCAAGAAGGGGCUGUCACACCUGCUGGUAAGCUCAUUUUUGCCAACACUUUUUCUUCACAAGGCUUUUUAGCAUCACCAAGAAAUACAGGUCAGGGAACAACGAUGGCAUGGGCUACUCUUGUCGUUCCAUGUGCAGAGACCUAAAAAGGCAAACUCAAGCCUAUAAGCGUGUUGCUUUUGUGAUGCAGGAGAAAAGGCAUUGUUUACAACUAAACCCCAAAGGAAUUCUUAGAAUGUGGGAUCUGUGUCUUUCAGCUGCUUAGAUUUUGCCCCUCAGUAUGAAGUCAGUAUGGGGUAGUGGUUAGAGUUGUUGUGAGGAUAAAGGGGGGAGGCAAAGAACCAUGUCUAUCACCUUGAGCUCCUUGCAGGAAAGUUGGGCUAUGAAUGCAAUAAAUAAAUAAAUAAAAUUCUACAAUGAAGUGUAUACAUGCUUAGGCAUGCUGCAUUGUACUGUAGAAACCCUUUUGACUCUGCAAAAGUGAUUCACAUGCAACAUGCCUCCAGCUCAAUGCCAACUGAUCCCAGGAAGCUUGACAGCAGAAAAUCUAUGAAGUGUGCUAAAGCAGAGGCAGGGAGCCCAAGGUCUACAUUACCUCAAGGGCAACCUUCAAGAGGCCACAUGCCAGUGAUGGGUAGGGCCAGAAGCAAAACGUGGGUGGGGUCCUAGGCAAAAUGUGGUUGGAGCAAUAGGUGUCGCUUACCUUUGUGCGGCAGGCUACAUUCCAACCACACAAAAAUGUGAUGUUGCUACACAAACACACCCUCUGUUUGUAUACAUCCUACAUCCAGGCAAGCAAGAGGCGGUAUCAUAGUUCAAAGGCAUGCUCCAGACAGGAAGGAUUGUGGUCUAGGGUGUCCCAAGGGGCAGAUGCAGAGACCAGAGGACCGCGUUCGGCCUGUGGGUUUGAGGUCUGUGUCAAAAGCUCAAUUACAAGGUCCCCAGUAAAAAUGCAAGUAGCAUUCCACAAAGCUAACAAGACAUCCAUCACUUGGGAAACGUUUUCUCUUCAUCAAGGUCAUCCUAAUAUUGGCUGAAUUUCUGAGAGCAUCCUAAUGUCAAAUUAAGGAUUGAGAACUAAACCAAUGCAUAUCACAGACAAGGAAUGUAACCUAAGAACAUCUCUGCUGGAUAUAUCCAAUCCAGCAUCCUGUUUGCAAAAACAGCCAGACACAUGCUUCCAGGAAGUUCACAAGCAGGACAUGAGAAACACAGGAUUCCUGUUUCUGUAUGUGUUUGUUAAACAUGGAGGUUCCAUUUGGCUAUCCUGGCUAAUAGUAGUUGAUACUCAAUUUUACAGAAAAUAGGUUUUAUGGCUGAUGCUUUGUUUAGCAUUUUAUUGUCAAGUGUUCACCAUUCUGAGAACUCUUGCGAAAGGGCAGUCUACAAAUACAUCUGGGUACACAGUUGCCCAUGUUGUACUAUUGGAACAGGUUGGAAUAGUGGGUGAUUUUUAAAAUGUUCCACUACAUUCAAAGCAGAUUCAUAAAAAUAGACUGGGUAGGAUGAGCUGGUUCCUCCCCACUCCAAAACUCUAUGCUAUGAAGACUUGCAUCACUUUAUGAAAACAGGGUACAGAACUGCAAAGUUCACAACCACUGGAUAUCACACUGACUUCCCUACCUCUUUGUCAAGUGCCAUCACUAAACUGGACCAUGCAACUCUCUUCCCUUUCAGGCGCAGUACUCAAAUAUGAGGUCAAUGGACUUCAAGCCUGGCUUAUCACGCACAUACUCUGGUUUGCAAAUGCUUACCACUUCCACUGGUUCUCGCCCACCAUCAUUUUUGACAACUGGAUUCCUCUCUUGUGGUGUGCAAAUAUCCUGGGCUAUGCCGUUUCCAUAUUUGUAAUGAUAAAAGCCUACUAUUUCCCCAGUAAUGCAGAAGAUUGGUAUGUUGGCAUUGCAUAUAUUACUACAUCUAUGGUGUUUGCACAUUUGAUGAGCAUUUUUCAUUCUGAUAAAUAAAACAAAUCAAUCCAGUAGCACCCUACUUUUGCUUUCCCACUUGACAUCCUAGAUGCAGGAAUCUAAUAUUUGUCCGUUAUAGCAUACAACCAUGUAAACUCAUUAGACUAGUCAGUAAGUACAGUGGUACCUCGGGUUACAUACGCUUCAGGUUACAGACUCCGCUAACCCAGAAUUAGUACCUCGGGUUAAGAACUUUGCUUCAGGAUGAGAACAGAAAUCGUGCUCCGGUGGCAGCGGGAGGCCCCAUUAGCUAAAGUAGUGCUUCAGGUUAAGAACAGUUUCAGGUUAAGAAUGGACCUCCGGAACGAUUUAAGUACUUAACGUGAGGUACCACUGUAAUUAAGGGACGCAGGUGGCGCUGUGGGUUGAUCCACAGAGCCUAGGACUUGCCGAUCAGAAGGCCGCGGUUCGAAUCCUUGUGACGGGGUGAGCGCCCGUUGCUCGGUCCCUGCUCCUGCCAACCUAGCAGUUCGAAAGCACAUCAAAGUGCAAGUAGAUUAAAAGGUACCACUCUGGCGGGAAGGUUAACGGCGUUUCCGUGCGCUGCUCUGGUUUGCCAGAAGCUGCUUAGUCAUGCUGGCCACAUGACUCAGAAGCUGUACGCCGGCUCCCUUGGCCAAUAAAGCGAGAUGAGCGCCGCAACCCCAGAGUCAGUCAUGACUGGACCUAAUGGUCAGGGGCCUCUUUACCUUUACCUUUUACCACUGUAAUUAUGUGCCUUUUAAAAGAAUUUUCUCUAUAUCAUGUUUUGAAAUUGAUUUUAGAUUAAUCUUUUCAAUUUUUUGUUUUUGUUUUAAACAAUUUUAGCAAAUUCACUGGUAACUUCUUCUACGACUUCAUGAUGGGGAUUGAAUUUAAUCCUCGUUUAGGAAAGUGGUUUGAUUUCAAACUGUUCUUCAAUGGCCGCCCAGGCAUUGUAGCAUGGACUCUGAUCAACCUCUCUUAUGCAGCGAAACAACAAGAAUUAUACGGACAAGUAACUAACUCAAUGAUACUUGUCAAUGUCCUCCAGGUAAGCCAAGACCUUGUUAAAUGCCAAGUGAAUGUUAAUGCUCUGAAUAUAUAAACUGAUGGAAUUUAGGAUCUAAUAGGUGCUCCAUAUAUCUAGCUUCAUCCCCUUGCUCCUGCUCACAUUUAUAUCCCAACUUUCUUCCAUCAUGGAACUCAAGGUAGCGUACAUGUGAUUCCCAGUCACUCAUCCAGGUGCUGAACAGAACAAGAUCUGCUUUACUUCAGCAAAGUGGUGACCUCAUGUGCCUUCAGGCUAAAACUUGUAGCCCAUAAUCAGUAUAAGUUAAUGAGUUCUGAUCUUAGUGUGGUAAAGGAUUAUGGCUCACAUAAGUGUGCAUGUGUGUGCCCAUCAAGUUUAGGGGCUAGCUAUACUUUCAAAUAUUGGAAGUUUGAUUCUCUGAAGUGUAGAGUGCCUAGAACUGCAUUUUUGUCAAAAACUUUUAUCCCAUCUCAAAUAAGAGAAAAUUUAGAAUCAUAGAAUAGAAUCAUAGAAUCAUAGAGCUGGAAGAGACCACAAGGGCCAUCGAGUCCAACCCCCUGCUAAGCAGGAAACACCAUCAGAGCACUCCUGACAUAUGGUUGUCAAGCCUCUGCUUAAAGACCUCCAAAGAAGGAGACUCCACCACACUCCUUGGCAGCAAAUUCCACUGUCGAACAGCUCUUACUGUCAGGAAGUUCUUCCUAAUGUUUAGGUGGAAUCUUCUUUCUUGUAGUUUGGAUCCAUUGCUCCGUGUCCGCUUCUCUGGAGCAGCAGAAAACAACCUUUCUCCCUCCUCUAUGUGACAUCCUUUUAGAGAUUUGAACAUGGCUAUCAUAUCACCCCUUAACCCCCUCUUCUCCAGGCUAAACAUGCCCAGCUCCCUUAGCCGUUCCUCAUAAGGCAUCGUUUCCAGGCCUUUGACCAUUUUGGUUGCCCUCCUCUGGACACGUUCCAGUUUGUCAGUGUCCUUCUUGAACUGUGGUGCCCAGAACUGGACACAGUACUCCAGGUGAGGUCUGACCAGAGCAGAAUACAGUGGCACUAUUACUUCCCUUGAUCUAGAUGCUAUACUCCUAUUGAUGCAGCCCAGAAUUGCAUUGGCUUUUUUAGCUGCCGCGUCACACUGUUGGCUCAUGUCAAGUUUGUGGUCAACCAAGACUCCUAGAUCCUUUUCACAUGUACUGCUCUCAAGCCAGGUGCCCCCCAUCUUGUAUUUGUGCCUCUCAUUUUUUUGCCCAAGUGCAAUACUUUACAUUUCUCCCUGUUAAAAUUCAUCUUGUUUGUUUUGGCCCAGUUCUCUAAUCUGUCAAGGUCGUUUUGAAGUGUGAUCCUGUCCUCUGGGGUGUUAGCCACCCCUCCCAGUUUGGUGUCAUCUGCAAAUUUGAUCAGGAUGCCCUUGAGUCCAUCAUCCAAGUCGUUGAUAAAGAUGUUGAAUAAGACCGGGCCCAAGACAGAACCCUGUGGCACCCACUAGUCACUCUUCUCCAGGAUGAAGAGGAACCAUUGAUGAGCACCCUUUGGGUUCGGUCAGUCAGCCAGUUACAAAUCCACUGAGUGGUAGCAUAGUCAAGACCGCAUUUUACCAGCUUCUUUACAAGAAUAUCAUGGGGCACCUUGUCAAAUGCCUUGCUGAAAUCAAGGUAGGCUACAUCCACUUUGUAAGAUGAGGCUCAGCAGAAGCAAUCAAAAGAAGCCUGAUGUGACUAUACUGCCAAAAUCUAGCGAUUUAAGCAUUUAAAUUUUCAAGGAAGGAUUUCACAGUUGUCCAUCUAUGGCUAGCCCUAGUGAUCUCUGUUGUGUUCUUUUUCAGGGUAUAUAUGUUUUGGAUUUUUUCUGGAAUGAAGCCUGGUAUUUGAAAACAAUGGACAUCAGUCACGAUCAUUUUGGAUGGUACCUGGGCUGGGGAGACACUGUUUGGCUUCCUUAUCUCUAUACACUGCAGGUAUUUUCAUAUGUUCAUGAUGUGAAAUUCAUUAAUCCCUAGAAACAGUAGUAACAACAGUGGCAUUAUUAGCUGCUACAGUAAAGGUCCUGUUCAAUUUUAUUGACUGCUUUGGACACAUGCUGUGGCUCCUGACAUCCCAAACCAAAUACAUUUAUAUCCUGCCCCUUUUUUCCCCCUAAGAAGCAGGAUACAAGUGGUCUCCUUCCACCCCAUUUUAUCCUUGCAGCAACCCUGUGAGGAAGAUUUUGCUGAGAGGUAGUGAUUGAUCCAAACUCACCCAGAGAGUUGAUGACUGAGUGAAGAUUUGAACCCAGAUCUCCCCAGUCCUCAUCCAGCAGUCUGAACACUACACCAUAUUGGCUCUCAUUAUAACAAAGCGAGUGACUGCAGGGUCAUCUGUGGCUUAUCUAUCUGUGUUAUAGAGUAUUCAUCAUAAGAGCAGCCCCCCCUCCCCCCCGGGCAGGCAACAGCUUCAUUCUCUAGUAUGGGCUCCUCUAACGAAAGCAGACAGGUACCAAUUCUGUAUAAACGUUUGCUUAUGGGGUAUGUUUCUCUCUCCUUCUUUAGGGAUUAUACUUGGUCUACCACCCUGUCCAUCUGGCUACAAGCAGUGCAAUUGGGAUUCUACUAUUUGGUUUAGUGGGCUACUAUAUCUUUAGAAUGACCAAUCAUCAGAAAGAUCUCUUUCGUCGCACAGAUGGCAACUGUAAAAUCUGGGGCAGGAAGCCCAAGUACAUUGAAUGCUCCUAUACGUCAGCGGAUGGGAUCAAACACCACAGCAAGUUGUUGACAUCCGGCUUCUGGGGAGUGGCACGCCAUUUUAACUAUACAGGCGACUUGAUGGGCUCCCUGGCAUACUGUCUAUGUUGUGGUUUUGAACACAUUCUGCCUUACUUCUACAUAAUUUAUAUGACCAUUCUUCUGGUUCACCGUUGCAUCCGGGAUGAACACCGAUGCUCCAGCAAGUAUGGCAACGAUUGGAAGAAGUAUACUGACGCAGUACCUUACCGGCUAAUUCCUGGGCUCUUUUAAAUGCUCGAUUUCUCGACUUCAAAAGGUUUAUGAACAGUUAUCUUUUCAGUGCAGCAAGUUUUGAGGAUCUAAAAAGCAGCACCUUUUUAGCGCACCUGAUGAGACACGAUUCUAAUAUCUGUUAAGGUCAUUGUGCCACUAAAAUGAUCUAACUUUUUUAAAGGUGUGGAUUUUGUUUUGUUUUUUAAAAGUUCCCUGUCCUUGACCAACAAAGCUUCAGAUUAAAAAGUUGAAUCUUGAGGUGCAUUCAGACUGAUAGCUCGGACACACAGAGAUUCCAAAGUGUGUACAGGGACAGGAAUACACACACAAGCCCUGCCACCAGUGUCCUCAUGGAUCUUUUCCCUGCCUGUCCUACCUGUCCUCAUGUUGUGUGAGGAAGGUCUUGCAUCUGCUUGAAAGUGCCUAACUGCACAUGAUGGAAGAUGUUUCUUCUCAACUUCACAUGUUCAACUUCACAGAAGUAGAAGCCACCUGCAGACUUCCAUUGGGCAACACAAGGGAGGUCCAGAAUGGGGUGGUGGGCAAGAUGCUCGUGAGAACUUUGGGGACAAGGUUUGCUUGUGUGCUGGCCACAAGGAUGCUGGGGGGGGGGAUUGAAUGCACAUCCCUGCUUCCAUCUACACUUGGAACAUUUGCGUGUGAACAUGCUUCUGGUUGUAACUGAAUCUACAAUGUCACUUCACUCUGGGGCACAACCCACAGGCAAAUGACUGGCCCUUUAAAACUUCUGUUCUUUCCCCUGUGGUUUGAACAGUGGUGAUUCUUGAUAGCUUCAAUCUGAGUUUGAUUGUUCAGGUCAGCUAUAAAUGAGCAGAGCUCCAGUUACAUUAUCAUCUGAUAUCUGGUCUUCGGAUAGGUUUAUUGUAACUACAUCAGAGAUUCUGGAGCAGUAGUUAAGCUCUAAAUGCAUACUGGAUAACAAAGGGACAUGAUUCUAAAAAUGACAGCUGGGUUGGUAGAAGGUCUCUUAUCAGUUCUGUUAAUUGUGAUAAAAAUCGCAUUCUAGAAAUGUGUUGGAAUACUGCCCUCACUAAUUAUCAUAGAUGUUUUCUGCAUACAAGUUCACCCUCUUUUAUGGGAAUGCAUAUAUUUUAAGUGGGAAUAGCAACACUUCUGCCUACCUUUUUCAGAAGUGCAUACUAGAUGCAGAUAGUUUACCACUUUGAGAACUAAGUUCCUGUUUGACAAGGAACCACCUAGCCUAAACUUCUUAUGCAGUCUUUCCAGUGACACCUCUUGCGUAUACAGCUUAAUGUUAGGGUGAGGAAGACUAGCUGGUGAUGGACAUCAAGGCUUUACCCUAUAGUUAAAUGCAAAACUCUUUUGCCUGGCCCUAGAUGGCUUUGAUGCUUUCUAUUUACUGUGAAAACAGUGCUGGAAUAGUGUCUUCACAAAAUCAAAUUCAAAGGUGAAGAAAGAAGGCAGAGUAUUCUUCCCAUUCAUGCAUUAAGUGACAUAAUGUAAAAAUAAAGUGGAGUGUUUUCUUCUGUCCUGUCUUCUUAAAUCUGCUCCCACCCAGAUAUAGUGCCACGGAAUUAAAGUUGCUUUAUUUGCUUGCUUACCACAGUUUUCACAUGCAAGAAUAUAUUUUUCGUAAUUAGGAAAGCACAGUUUUCACGUAUGUACACAGCAUAACAACAGUGGCUCACCAAGUCCACUGACAGAUGGGCAGAUGGGAAACUAUCGGUCUGCUAUGUAGAAAUCAAGCAUGUUUUUAAUAAAAGGAUCACCUUGAUCUUCCAAAAUGUUAUCUUUUCCAGAACAGAAUAUCUUUAUUGUUAUAAAUACAAUACACUUCCCUGUGAUUCAUGAAUAGUCUAAGCCCCAAGCACAUUCAACUGAUUUGUGUUGGGAUAUUGGGUUGGAUUCCACAAGCAUAAGGCCUCUUCCCUGUAUGCAUGGACUUUUCUGAAUUUAGUGCCAGUAAGUUUAUGUAAGCACAGAGAAUGCAAAUCCAAUAGUUUGCUUGUAUAGGUAGAAGCAAGGCAUUGUGCAAUAUCUUACACAAGGUCUUACAUGAUAUCUUACACAAGGUCUUACAUGGUGAAUGCUGUUAUCAUUUCUCCCCAGAAGUUUGAGUUCUUUUUAUGAAAUGAAAGAAGGAAUGAUGUGGAAACCAGAUUUUUCAUGCCGCAUGCUUUGAAGCACACAAAUGUACCAUACGUUAUUCACAGUAUUGCAGGUGCAGCCAGUGGCGCUCACGAGAUGUUGUCAUACUACAACACCCAUCAUCCGUAACUGGUAGCUGGGGCUGCUGAGAGUUGUAGUCCAUUAAUUGGAGGGUAUCAGGUUGGCUAUUCCUACUAUUGGUGGUGGUGCUAAGAAAAUAUCACCUUAUGAAAUUGUAAUGGAAAAAUUAUGGAUCACCAUAAUUACUGGUUUGUUUUACUUUUGUUUAUUAUGUAUUUUAUGUUUCCAUUUGUAUUUUUAUGUUGUGACCUGCCCUAUGAUCUUUGGAGGGUGGUAUACAAAUUUAAUAAAUAGGUAAUAAUGUG